AUGCAAAUGAGCGGCGGCGGCGGGCCCGGCAUGCUGCGCGGGCCCGGCGCGGCCGGAGCAGGGAGCAGGGGGCGGAGCAGGGAGCAGCCGGGGCGGAGCAGCAGGGAGCAGGGGGCGGAGCAGGGAGCAGCCGGGGCGGAGCAGCAGGGAGCAGGAGCGGAGCAGCAGGGAGCAGGGCGGGCGAUGCGGCGCGGGCUGCGCUGCGGGGCUGCAGCGGCGUCGGCGUCGUCGGGGCUGCAGCUGUGGCUGCGUCUGCAGGCGGGCGGCGCGGCGGUGCUGCGGGGCUUCGUGGGCGCGGGCGAGGAGGCGCUGCUGGCCGGCGAGGUGGAGCCCCAGCUGCGGCGCCGCCCCUACCAGGACCGGCACUGGGACGGGGCGAUCCACAAAUACCGUGAGACGGAAAAAUUGCAUUGGAGCAAGGAGAGUCAGGAGAUCUUGCAGAGGGUCCGGGACGUGGCUUUCCCUCCCCAGGUGCCGCAGCUGGCCCAGGUGCACGUCCUGGAUUUGGAUAAGACCGGCUACAUAAAGCCCCACAUAGACAGCGUCAAGUUCUGCGGCUGCACCAUUGCUGGCCUGUCCCUUCUUUCCUCAAGCGUGAUGCGCCUGGUCAGCGAACAGAAUCCGCAGGACUGGUUGGAUCUGCUGCUGGAGCGUCGCUCCCUUUAUAUCCUCCGGGGGCCUGCUCGCUAUGAAUUCACCCACGAGAUUCUUAAAGACGAGGAGUCCUUUUUCGACGGGCAGAAGGUCCCCCGAGAACGAAGGAUCUCCAUCAUCUGCCGGAACCUCCCACUGCCGUCAUCGUAG